AUGUCGCAAUUCUUCAACUACGGCGCGCAGCAGCACUCCCAGCACCUCAACGCCCACUCGCACAACCACCACCGAUCGCGGAGGGCGCCCAGGAUCUCGGCCCAACAAAACAACAAGCAGUUCCGCCAAGUCCGCACCCCCAAAGAGUUCAACGUCGAACCACCCACGACCAUCGCAUUCAAGCGGGACUUCGAGGCCGCACGCUCGUUUGAUAUCGAGGAUGAUGAGAUGUUCUGCCCCUUUCACUUGCUCACCGAGGACGAUCUGCAGUCCAUUCACUCGUCUGGCUCAGACCGCUCCUCCCUCUCGAGCGGCUCGCCCGAACAGUCGCCUCUGCAGCAUCAACUACAGCCCACUCCCUCCUUUGUCCUCUCUUCCGCCCCGAACCCCUACACGCCCUCGGCAUUCCAACCCACCAACGCGACCCAGACCAAGCUCCACCAGCCACUAGCCCAGCGCACCCGCAAUGCCAUUCCCAUUGUCGACCCCUCGACUCGCGCUGUUGCCAGCCCACCACCAUCCGUCUCGCCCAACCGACAGAUGCAGCAACAGUUCAUGUCGCGACGCUGGUAA